AUGGCAGCCCAACCACAAAACUUUGAGUCCAUCCCUUCAGCUGCUGUUAGGCGUCGUCUCUCUUCUGUCGCCGUCGACAGCAAGAACAAGAGGCCACAGGUGAUCCCUGCCUAUACCAGUCUCACCGUAUGUUACUUUUCUCCUGUUUCGCUUCCCGAUGGCUCAGAAUCUUCAUCUCAUCAGCCAAUGUGGGCAGGUAUUGCGGGAAGUGCCACCAACAAUGGUACUUCGUUUGAGAUCGCGCUAUCGAUUCACGAUUCAGUCUACAGCACCGACUUUUCGUUUGUGUCUAUUGCUUUGACCCCAGGAAACUCGGAAAAGACUGGCAAGGCGAUCGAACAAAAGGUCCUCGAGACUCUGCGUAAGUUUUCGCAAGAACACCUGUGCAAAUUCUUGGGUGCGGGUAUUACCCUUUCGCUUCUGAGAGAGUCUCCCAAUUUGACGACGCGACUUUGGCUCGAUAUGGACAUUGUUCCCAUCGUGUUUAACAUAAAACCUUUCCACACCGACUCUGUCACCAGUCGCAAUAUCAAGCACCGGAUUUCGUCCACGACCGGAUCUUAUGUCCCAUCUGGUUCCGAUACACCCACUGUAUAUGUCGAUGCUGACAACGCGGCAGCAGCGGCACCUCACCUCACGCAGGGAGUUGCUGGAAUGCUUCCCAUUCCUCGUACCCUUGACGAACAGGCUGACUCGGCCGCUCGCAAGUGUAUCAUGCACUUCGGUCCCAACAACAAUCCGCGUCUUACGAUCGGUCCGCGUAACCAAGUCACAGUAGAUGCAGCUGGCAAAAUACAUCUCCUAGACGAUUUGACUGAAUACAGAAAAACUGUGGGCCAGGGUACCUGGAACGCCGUGAACAAACUUGCUGAUGAGUUGCGAGAAAGGAAUGUCAAAAUAGGUUUCUUCUCCUCCACUCCACAAGGAGGUGGUGUUGCUUUGGUAGGCCCAGUUCCGUUCUGGUUCCUUAUUCCGUAUUCAAGCUUUGAACAGAUGCGACAUGCUUUGAUCAGAUUCCUGACCUUGCUUGAUGUGGAUGUUGCCUGGUACGUCCCGAACCCGUCCCCGAGCGUGUUCCGGACGACAAAGAACAACCACAACAUCCUGCAGGGUGUCGCUGCUCCUGAUCUGCGCCUCACCGAUGAAGCUAAAGAAGCCUUCGACGCAUGGAUCAUGAAAAAUGGCCUGCGCUGGACAGCAGAGGGAGGACCGCUUGCCCCUGGUGGCGUGGAUGUCGCUUUCAUCGACGAUCCUCAAUGUGUUGGUCUCAUCGGUUUAAUCCGCAAAGUCCGACCAGAACUUCCGAUCGUCUAUCGUUCUCAUAUCGAAAUUAGAUCGGACCUAGUUCAUGUUCCAGGUUCUCCUCAGGAGGGCGUGUGGAAGCACUUGUGGAGUUAUAUCAAACUUGCCGACCUCUUCAUCAGCCAUCCCGUGAAUAAGUUCGUUCCUGACGAUGUUCCCGUCGAGAAACUGGCUCUCCUUGGUGCUGCGACGGACUGGCUCGAUGGGCUCAACAAGGAACUUGACCCUUGGGACUCUUCAUUUUACAUGGGCGAGUUCCGCAACCUCUGCGUAAAGGACAAGAUGAAUGAACUGAAGUGGCCGGCCCGCGACUACAUUGUCCAGGUUGCGAGGUUUGACCCGAGCAAAGGUAUUCCGAACGUCGUCGAUUCCUAUGCUAGGCUUCGGAAACUGCUCGCAAACCUCGACGAGGACGAGACCCCUCAACUCUUGAUUUGCGGUCACGGCGCAGUAGACGAUCCAGAUGCCAGCAUUAUCUACGAUCAGACUAUGCAACUGAUUUACUCCAAGUAUUCGGAAUAUGCCAAGGACAUUGUUGUUAUGAGGUUGCCCCCCAGUGACCAGCUGCUCAAUGCCCUGAUGUCUAACGCCAGGGUUGCCCUCCAGCUUUCUACUCGUGAAGGCUUUGAAGUCAAGGUCUCCGAGGCUAUCCAUACAGGAAUUCCUAUUGUCGCCUGCCGGACCGGAGGUAUCCCUCUCCAGAUCGAGGACGGAAAGAGCGGUUUCUUGGUCACUCCUGGUGACAAUGCUGCCGUUGCGAAGCAUUUGUACGAUCUUUUCACUGACGAGACUUUACACAAGAGGAUGAGCGAAUAUGCGAAAGCACAUGUGUCUGACGAAGUUGGCACUGUCGGUAACGCAGCUGCUUGGAUGUACCUGGCAGUUAUGUACAGUCGUGGUGUGAAGUUGUCUCCUCACGGUGCAUGGCUGAACGAUAUGCUUCGAGCCGAGACGGGCGAGCCCUAUGUUGAAGGCGAGCCUAGAUUGCCGCGUGGAGGGCUGAACAUUCAGGGAUAA